UCACCAGGAGUCCAGUUUUUAAAAGGUCAACCAGAACAUUUAUAAAGGCAGACAGGGUGUUUUCAUUAAUUACAACAGGCACCAACCAAAUGACUCUGUUUCCCAUGUAGUGUUGUACCAACCUCAAUGGUUACUGAAGUCCUCAGCAUUCAGGUUUUUUAUAUUUCUGCUGUUUGGUUUGCGGCUUGGCAAAAAAGACAGUAAUUUUGCAAAAAAUGAAUAAGUGACCCCCUGACCUGUCGGGAUCACAAUAACUGCGCAACAACACGAGUUGCAAAUUGCUUCUCAAUGUUAAAAGUUUGGAUCCACUUAUAGUUAUCAACAGAUAUUUCAGUAGACCUACUUGCAAACCAUUAGGUCAAGGCACACUUUGCAAAUUAAACAUUUGGUGAGAGCAUUAGGGCAGGCGAAGGCCUAGUGCUAUUAAUCCAGAGACCCAGAUACCGUUCUGGGGACUUGGGUUCAAAUCCUGCCACGGCAGAUGGUGGAAUUUGAAUUCAGCAGAUGUCUGAAAUUAAGAGUCUAAUGAUGACCAUGAAUCCAUUGUCAAUUGUCAAUUGUCAGGAAAAGCCCAUCUGUUUCACUAAUGCCCUUUAGGGAAGGUAACUGCCAUCCUUACCUAGUCUGGCCUAUAUGUGACUCCAGAUCCACAGCAAUGUGGUUGACUCUUAACUGCCCUCUGGGCAAUUAGGGAUGGACAAUAAAUGCUGGUCUAGCCAGUGAUGCCCUCAUUCCAUGAAUAAGUAAAGAAAAAAUGUUUAGUGAUAAAAGCAAAACACUGCUUAUACAGGAAACAAACAGAAAAUGCUGGCAAAAACUCAGCAGGUCUGGCAGCAUCUGUAGAGAGAUAAACAGAGUUGAUGCUUUGAGUCUGAUAUGAAUCUUGUCUUAUCCGAGUGCACUAUUGACAGCAGAGAAAAAUAGAUACAUGCCUGCCCAUGUGGAGAUUGCAUUUUGAGAUGAAUUUGGUCUUCUCUGUAGAUUGUAGCUGUAGCCUUUAACCUGGGGAGGGAGAGGGAGCAGAGUGUUUGAGGGAAAACGUCGCCUCUGUUGUUUCUGGGGCAGUGGGGAAGGCUCACAGAGGUGUCAGGAGGAGGCCAUUCAGCCCACUGUAGCCGUGCGGUGAUGGCCGCGGCCAACCUGCUGUCCCUGGAGCAGCAGCUCUCCUGCUCCAUUUGCCUGGAGGUGUUUACCGAGCCCGUGAACCUGCCGUGCGGACACACCUUCUGCCUGCGCUGCAUCGACAAGAACUGGCAGCAGAGCCCGGCCAGCGCCUGCCCCGAGUGCCGGGCCUCCUUCGUGCCCAGGCCUCCCCUCCGGAAAAACAUCGUCCUGUGCGGCAUCGUGGACGAGUUUAACCGCCUGGGCCAGGCCUCGGCCUCCCGUGUCCCCUGUGACCGGUGCGGGGACACCAAGGCGGUGAGGUCGUGCUGGGCCUGCCUGGCCACCCUGUGUGAGGCCCACCUCCGGCCCCACUACCAGGACGAGCAGCAGUACCGCGGGCACCAGCUCACCGAGCCCGUCCCGGGCCUGAGCCGCCGCCGGUGCGCGGCCCACGGCAAGCUGCUCGAGUUCUUCUGCCGCAGCGACGGCGCCUGCAUCUGCGGCCUGUGCAUCGUGCAGCAGCACCGGGAGCACACCGUCACCGGGGCCGAGGAGGAGGCCUCCCGCCUCAAGCUUCUAGCUCUAAUGCUAACCAUUGCCAGGGUGCAAUGCCAUUGGCUCUUGGAUCAGGCCACCUCCCAGGGCUCUACUGUCAUCCUGUGCCCAUUAGAGUCCAGAUAUCAGUGGCAGCGCUGCCAGCCAGCUGAGAAAAUCCAGUACAGUGAGAUCAUUUCAGAUGUAAUUAGCAAGGCCUUUGUAAAGAAGGAAAGAUUACUGGCAUUGAAGGCAAUCCAGUGA